AUGAGUAGCCGAUGGAAUCGAACGAUCUACGUUGGGAAUUUGCCCGGAGAUAUUCGAAUGAGAGAAGUUGAAGAUCUCUUCUACAAGUACGGACCAAUUGUUGACAUCGAUUUGAAGAUUCCACCGAGACCUCCUGGUUAUGCCUUUGUAGAGUUUGAAGAUCCUCGUGAUGCGGACGAUGCAAUUUAUGGACGGGAUGGAUAUGAUUUUGAUGGGUGUCGAUUACGGGUUGAGAUUGCACGUAGUGGUCGUAGAGGAGGUUCAUCAUCAGUGAAUAGGUACAGCAGCAGCUACAGUGGGAGCCGUGUACCUUCGAGACGGUCCGACUAUCGUGUGCUUGUGACGGGAUUACCACCGUCUGCUUCGUGGCAAGACCUUAAGGAUCACAUGCGCAAAGCUGGAGAUGUAGUCUUUUCUGACGUUUUUCGUGACCGUGGAGGCCUGUCUGGAGUUGUGGAUUAUAGCAACUAUGAUGAUAUGAAGUAUGCGAUAAGGAAACUCAAUGACUCUGAGUUUCGAAAUGCUUUCUCUAGAGCUUAUAUAAGGAAUAUGAGUCGAGGAGUGUGGGUCGCAGCCCAUAUUAUUCCAGAAGCAGGAGUAGGAGCCGUGGUCGAAGCUAUAGCUAUAGUAGCAGAAGCAGGAGUUUGUCACCUGCUAGAUCUGUUUCCCCGCGUUCACGGUCCAUUUCUCGUUCUCGUUCGCCAUAUAGCUCUGUCUCAAGGUCCCAGUCAAGGUCAAUAUCAAGAUCAAAUUCUCCAGUUUCACCCGCGAGAUCUGAUUGAGAAUGAGAAACUGGUCAGUGGGAAUAGAGGACUUCUGCUUGUCAAGGUUCAUCGGUGA